AAAUCUUUUUGAGCUCUACAGAACCAUCUUUCCAAGUGAUUCAUCGCUAGAACCACUUACUCCCCCCCUGCCCCGCGGCCAUGUCUGGGCAGAUUCGCUGGCACUUGGCAGUGGUGGGGGAUUUUCUUGGCCGAGACGGAGGGACAAUCGAUUUGACUGGACCGUGAUUGUGUCCCCAGUUAUACAAGCAAUGUCCAACAAACAAACAUUCCGUGAAUGCCGAGAUACGUUCCUCACUCAGUUGAGGGCGGAUAGGCACCGGAGUAGGGCUCCCUCCUUUGUAAUGUUUAUUGCAGCUGCACAAUGCGCCUGACUGUCAGUUUUUCCCCCCGCCCCCCUCUUGGUUCGUCCCGUUUUCUCUUGGGGAUUGGACGAGUGAGUGUCAAACCUGAACCACAAGAACACGCGUGCAAACACAGUACCAGUUUGAUACAUCGCUUGGAAAUUUCCUAUCUCGUCCUCGGUGCCCGCCCGCUCGCCAAAAAAAAAGACAACGUCCCACUUGGGUUCAUCUUUUUCCGUCCCUUGCCUUUUUAUUCCCUCACAGGCUGCAUAUCCUCGUGGGCCCGUCCGUUAAUUCUCUGGGAGCGCAGUCCUUUCUUCUUCUUUUUUUGUCUUUCCUGUAUUUCCCAUUGCUACUUUGAGCCCUACCCUCAGAGGCAAAACCAAGAGUCUAGUCAGACCAUACAGAUAUCCUAAACCGAUCUGUGUGUGUGUGUGUGAUCUUGUACAUCAGUCAUGUCGUUCUUCAAAAAGCUCCAAAAGGAGUUUGAGGACUUUAAUCCCUUUGAUAAGAAGAAGGAAGAGCCCCAACCUGCUGCAGACACGGCCACCAAGGCUGUCGAAUCGCCCGCUCCCCAGCAGCAACACCAGCAGCAGCAGCAGCAGCCUCCCUAUGGCCAACAACCAUACCAGCAGCAGCCCUACGGCCAGGCUCCCCAGCAGUAUGGCAGCCCUCACCCUAGCGGCUACGCAGCGACUCCCCCUCCCCCUCCCCAGCAGCAGCCCACCCCUCCGGGCCAGCCCCAACUCCCUCCCGGCUGGGCCUCGCACUGGGACCCUUCCUCCCAGCGUUACUACUACGUAGAGGCCGCCACCGGCAAGACCCAGUGGGAAGCUCCCUCCGCCGCUCCUCCCCCUCCCCCUCCCCCGCCCGCGAGCGAUCCCUCCUCGCCGCCGGUGCCUUCAGGAUACCCUGGCUCGCCUCCCCCGAUCCCGCAAAGCAGCUACCCGGGGUCGCCGCCUACCGGGGACGGCACCCGGUCUGCCGGAGGUGCUCCCUCCUACGGCUCUCCCCAACCCGGAGCCCCGUACGGCCAGCAGCCGCAGUACGGCUCGCCCUCCCCUUACGGUGGAGCUCCUCCCCAGGGCGGUGCCGCGGCCGGCUACUUUGGCGGCGCGCAACCUGCCGGCGGCGCCCCUUCUUAUGGCUCGCCUCCGCCCGGUGCACCCUACGGCUCGCCGUAUGGCCAGCAGUCGCCCUACGGUCAACAGCAGUCACCAUACGGCCAACAGGCGCCGUACGGUCAGCAGUCGCCAUAUGGCCAGCAGCCGUACGGUCAGCAGCCCUACGGCGGCGCCCCUCCGACGCACCCAUACGGACAAGAUGCCACCAAGGACCCCAAGACUGGCAAGAAGGCCGGCAGCAGCGGCAUGCUCCUCGGCGUGGCUGGUGGUCUGGCCGCCGGUGCGGUCGGUGGAGCGUUGCUGAACCAUGCCCUGAGUGGCGACGACUCGGACGACGAAAAGGAAAAGGCCGCCGCAGCCGCAGCCGCCGCCCCGGCAGCAACAGCAGCAGCAGCAACAGCCGCAGCGGACCCCGCACCCGCCGCCGCAGCGGCCGCCGCGCCCGUGGCAGCCGAGGCGGCCGAGCCACCGCCGCCGCAAGUCAUCAACAACUACUACUACGACACGCCGCCGCCCGACCCGUACGCCGCACAACAGCCGCCUCCUCCUGCACCCCCGGCCGAAGAGGAGGACGAGAUGCCGCCGGCGGUGCUGGGCGCAUACGACGAGAACGGCGAGCGCGUGUCGGACAGCGACCGCGAGGACGUGCAGGAGGCGCGCGCGCGGUACGAGGAGGCUCUCGCCGACGCGGCCGACUCGGACGCCGGCAGUAGCGAGCAGGAGGAGCUCGAGGAGGCGAGACAGGAGUAUAUUGAGGAGUAUCAGGAGCACUACGGUGGUGGCGAUGAUGAUGGCGGUGAUGACGAUGGUGGUUAUGAUGACGACGAAUAA